AUGUUCUUCCCUAAAAAGUUACUCGGUUUGAAGCAUGAGACUCCGACAUACAGCUUGAAAAAGAUUGGACUCAUCAUUGUGCUUGCUGGGUUUUUAGUAGGUCUCGAGAUGACCUCUUUGACAGUUUUAAUUUCCGAUGUGGAAAUCAUGAAGUACCUGGGUGAUCCGAGUCCCAUUAUCCAGGGUACACUUGUCGCCGCAAAUAUCGUAGGUGGUUUAUUCGGGUGUGUACUAUACACUUUGCUGCUGAAUCGGUACGGACGGGUCGAACUUUUCCAAUUGGGCUGCAUCAUUUGGUUUUCCGGGUGUUUCAUAUCGAGUGCUGUGAUCGACGUGUGGGUGCUGAUCCUGUCACGGUUCAUGCGGGGGCUUACGGUGGGGAUGUACAGUGUGCUUUUAUCCAGUUACACGAUUGAACUGUUCCCGCAGUCAAAACGAAACGUGGUACUAGCCUUGACACAGCUGGCAAACAGCUGCGGGAUGCUCGUGAUGUACUACGCAUCGAUGGCGUCUCUUUUGGUCCCCCCUGGAAGCUCGUUCCGAAUAGUGUUCGCGAUCGAGUGUGUACCAGGGGUGGUGCUGUACAUAAUUUCGAUCUGGUUGCCAGAGUCCCCCAGUUGGCUGGUUAAGCAAUCGCAGUUUGGACGUGGUCAAUUUAUACAGAACGAAAUUGCGGUGCGGUACAACGAGAAGCGGGACUUGCAAAACAGGUUACCGAUACUACAUAAAGUGGAACUGUGCGAGAUGUACUGCGAGGAGAGUGACCAGGGGAGUUUUCGGAGUAUUUUUCGGCGACCACAAUUGCCCUUCACGCUUUUCGGAGUGCUGUUGCAACUGGUCAUCCAGUGCAGUGGGAUCAAUUUCCUACUGUACUACGUGAAUUUCUUCAUGGAGAUGAUCGGGCUCGAUGGGUCAACCAAGUUUCUGAGCGGUGCGAUCCCGUUUUGGAUAAUGUUCCUGUUGAGCAGUGUACCCGUCUGUUUCAUUAACAAAGUGAACAAAAGGUUUGUGAUUGUGUGUGGGGUCGUGGUGCUGGGCAGCAUCAUGGUGACUGUUUCCGUGCUGAUGCGGGUUUACGGACACGAGGCGAGCCUCCCCGGUAUGUUUUGGGUCGUCGAAAACUUCAAGAUCGGUGCUGUCAUAUUGGGUCUAUGUUUCCUGUUCAUUGGCACAUUUGCACUUUCCCUAAGCUCCAUGGUCUGGAUAUACACGAACGAGGUGUUGCCGCCAAGGGGGAAGAGCAAGAACCUUGCCUUCUGCAUGUGUUCUGGCUGGUGUUGCAACUUUGUGAUAACAUUACUAGCCCCUACUCUCAUCGAGCAGUUGAAAUGGGCCGUUUUCUUGCUAUUCGGCUGCACCAGUUUUGUACUUGCCCUAGUGAUUGCCUUUGGGGCACCUCGGCACGAUCACAUUAGACAAGAGGAGGAGAAGAAGGAAGAGUCUAAGGAUACGAGCCCAACAGAGAGUAACACAGAGCCCAUUCAAAUGACGGAAUGGGUAUAG